AUGAAUUAUGUUCUCUUAUUAAUGAUGCUAGAGAGUCCCCACUUUAUAUUUCUGCUUCAAAUGGGCUCACAUCUUUGGUAUGGCAAAUUUUACGUUCUUCUCGAUCCAAUGCUUAUGGCGGCCCAAAUGGUUUGACAGCUUUACAUGCAGCUGCAAGAGGAGGAGAUGAAGAUAUUAUCUGGGAAUUAGUUAGAGCAAAGCCAGAGCUAGUCAAAGAGAAGGACGAAUCUGGAAGGACCGCUCUUCAUCAUGCAAUAGUCUAUGAUUUUCUUGAAGGAGUCGAAAUGUUAUUGUAUUAUGACCGAAGUAUUGGGUACAUCCAAGACCAAGAUGGACAAACACCCCUCCACAUUGCUGCCAGUGGGAUUAACAUAGAAAUAAUUAAAAUACUUGUAAAGUAUUGCCCCGACUCAGCCUAUCAAGUUAAUAGAAGAGGUCAAAACAUUCUUCACGUCGUAAUGAGGGAUUGCUCUGAUGAUUAUUAUUCUCGUCAAAUUUUCCAAUAUUUAGUAAAGAAAGUUGAGCUUACGGGGCUUUUAAAUCAACCUGAUCAAGAUGGAAACACCCCUUUGCAUCUUGCAACCAUUGCCCAACAUCAACACUUUUUGGAAAUUCUCAAAAAAGAUCAUCGAGUAGACCAGUUUGUCAUUAAUAAGAAGAAAAUGACAGCACAAGAAUGUUGCAUUGGAAAUGAGAAAAAAAUUGUCAAAUUGAAGAAGGAAGACAAACAAAGGAACAGUGCAGAGUAUUCUCCGGAAGAUUAUGCGGAGGGAGAAAAUGAAAGGCUAAUGCUAGCCAAAGAAGAGAGACAAAGGAAAAAAGAACAACUUUCCCAAACACAUAUAAUAGUGGCAAUGCUCAUUGCCACAAUCACCUUUGCUGCAGCUAUCCAAAUGCCUGGAGGUUAUGAAAGUGACAAUUCUAAAAAAGGCAUGGCAACACUUGCAAAAGCAGCUGCCUUCAAAGCUUUUGUUGUAUCAGAUUCCAUAGCUCUGGCAUCCUCUAUGCUCGUGGUAUACUUACACUUUGAUGAAACACUUAGGAAAAGCUUGGGUGUUAGUGUUCCAGAUUAUCAUGAAGUUACCACAUACCUUAUGUUUAUAUCCAUUAAUGGGGUGAUGCUAGCAUUUAUGACCGGCGUUUAUGCAGUUCUGAUGGCCACCGAAUCUUUCUGGGUUGGAAUCGUGACUAUUGUAGUGACCAGUGUCGUGCCCGUUAUUGCGUCAACUACAGCGACUUUAGGAUAUGCUCUCGGGUUCAUACAUCGACAUAUAAGCAUAAGCAAAACACUACUGGCCAUUGUCAUUAUUGUUGUUGCCUUUGCUCCAGCCUUUGCCGUAUUGGGAGUCUUAUUUAUUGCUUUUCUUAUCUGUUAUUUCGUCUCAGAGUGCCUAAGUCAUCGGUUUGUUACGGUCUCCUGUCAGCCUUGCCUUUCUUGUAUCGUGCCACUUUCUUCAGUCUUUGUUUGGGCUUUCGAAUAUAUAGAGUCUUUGUUUGUGUAGUUUUGAGUCCAUGGAGCACAUUUUCUUUGACUGUCCUUUCACUCAUUCUCUCUGGGUGGGAAUCCUGAGGAAAUGAUGGCCAUGGGCGAGGCAGAUUUAUUAUUUUGACAGUGAAUGGUGUUGGGUUUCUUUCUUCAUCAAGAGGUUCCUCCAGAUGUGUUUUGGAAUUACAUAUAGAUAGAAAUUAAGGGGAGGCUACGAAGUGAUCUCGCUGCUGCCUCAAAUACCUUCACUCCUGUAAUUCGCGCGCCAAACUUUUCUUUCCCCACUCCCUUCUGGGUGUUGUAUUCUUUUGGCCUUUGUUGAAUAUAUUUUCAUUCAAAAAAUAUUUAACUUUUCUAGUGUACAAUUAAGAUGAGGAUGUUAACAGUAAUGAGUCAACAGAAAUCUC